AUGAAAAGCGAUAAAAUGUGUGAGUUUAAACCAAUUUUCGUGUCUAGAAAACUCUUUCAAUUCUAUUUUCCUUCAUAAUAAACUAAUCUCUUGAUAAAUAAUCAUGUUGCAAGAUGUCAGACAAUCUCUCAGCACGUUGGAAUCGAAUCCUAAUGACAACCAACAAAGAUACAUCAGAAGAAGUGGUUAUCGCCAGAUCGAGUUAUGAUGAUUUCUCGCAACCAACCGCUUGGCGAUCAUAUGAAAUUGUUUGCGGUGAUCGAGUUUUGUAAGUUUUCCUGCUAGGAUCACAAGGAAGUCUUAUAUAAUUUGACGCGAUGGAUAAUAUGCUGCAGAAAUUUGUUUCUGAGUCCAGUUCUGAACAUGAGUUAUGACGUGGUAAAGGUGGAAACAUUGUGACCAGCUAUGAUUAAAAGUCGAUUCUAUUGAAAUUUAACAAAGCGUUAUCCGGAUACUUAUCCCAGAUACUAGUAUUACAUAAGUAAAGCAGGAUUUAAGGAAAUCCGAUAUUUUUUGCAGAAAAGUACGUACUCUGUAGAAUAAUUGAACAAAGCUGGGCUAAUUGAUACUCAUGAAAAUGACCUUUGAACCUAGGAAUCUUAGUAAAAUCACAAAUUGAAAUUAGAUGCUGAGCUGAACUCUGAUUUUGAUUUGCGAUAUUUCAAAGUUGGAAAAUGUGCGAUUUUACUAGGAUAACUAGAUUCAAGCGUCGUGAAAAUUACAUGACAAUCUAAUAACCUCUCUUUGUUUAGCGGACGGACUUCCUUUAAAUCAUUUGAUAUCUUUUAAAAUCACAUUUUCGAACUCAUAACUUAUAUGCAGAGUCGAACUCAUGAGCUAAUUAUUGCGUCAACACCACCGUUUUUCAAAACCUAUAAUCACCCCAUGAAAGUCCUUUGUUAUGUACUUUUUAUCAAUUAAUCAAAUAUUUUUCAGUUAUGUGAACGCUGGUUGGCUCGCCGAAUUGUCGCCAUAUUUUGCCGACAUCAUAUUCACACGGAAACCCACUCCAAAACGCUAUCAAUUGGAAGGAUCCUCACCGGUCGAAGUGCUCGAAUUCUUGCGAUGCAUCACUUUUUGCCCAAUGAGAAAACCAUUGUCGGUGAAGAAUGUGUCGUUGGUUUUAACUUUUGCCAAUCGUUUCGAAAUGCGUCCAGUUCAAGCGAGAUGUGAGCAUUUUAUUGCAUGUAAUGCGCAAACAUUGAGUCGUGAUAAAGCCAAAUUGUUCCAGGUAACUCUAAUUAGUUAAUUACUUUCAAAAAAGUCAUUUUCUUUUCAGGUAACAUGUGCAAUGUCUCAAUGUGAUCCAAAUAGUUCAACAAUGUCAGUGCUUGUUGAUAGAUUGGCUGCAAUUAAGGUUGUUGUUUUUAUGAGAAGGCUUAUUCAAAAAAAAUUAAUUUAAAUAAAAUUUUUAGGAUGAUGAUUUAUCUCGUCUUCAAUUUGCUGAUAUGCCAGGAGAUGUUGUUGCAGAAGUUUUUGCUCAGAAGAUUCAACGGAGCAAAGAGAAGAAUAACAGACGUAAUCAAAGCGAUUCGGGUUGCUGCGUUUUGUAAGUUGUUUUUUUUUGAAAAAUACUGGAAAAAUAUUGAUUGUUUGGCAAAGUUGACAAAUAUUUGAAAGAAUUAAAAUGAUACGUCACAGAUACAUUUUUUAGUGAAAAUUUCGAUCAAUUCUCCUAGUUUUAAUAAAAUUUCAUAAUUUUCAUGAAAAUGUAGAGCUAGGAAAUAAGUAGGACAUAUAAAGAGUAUAAUUCUUAUUUUUCGAAAUCAAGCUCAACGUAAUUUUUGUAAAGAAACUAAAAAUUCCAGGAUGAUCAGAACGAUUUGUAAAAGUUAAAAAAAUGAAAUAUUUAAAACAGACAUAUUUAAAAUCAAAAUGAGGAGUUUGAAAGUACCACGUUAUAGGUCACGCUUUGUGAGAAAAUGAUCGAAUAUGUUUUUUUUUUUCAAAAAAUACCGUUUUUUUCGUUCAUGAAUAAAUAUUUCCUGAAACAUUUUGAUAUAAUUUUUAGAUAAAUUUUUUAAUAUUGAGUCAAUUGAAUUAAAAAUGAUUCAAAAACGUCUGGAUUUUAAAUUGAGAAGCAUUCCUUCAAACUCAACAAUAUUUCAUCACUAUAUUUUUUUCCAGGUCAAUGUUCCGUUCUUUGUUCCGUCGUCGUCAUUCUCGCAAUCGUACUCUAUCAACACUUCCAAUCGAUCAACAAUCAACAGUUCCAGCUCACUGA